UACAGGGGAGGCAUCAGGGAAUAUAAUGAGGAUUUGUGUCAAUCUGAUGCCUCUUCUGGCUGCAGCAAAGGAGCGAGUGGAAUAAGAGGAGCAGGAUGAAGAAGACAGCUGCUGGAAGAGUAAAAUGAUGCAAGAAAGCAGCAACAAAAAUGACCCAUCUUUGGAAACAUCAGAGGAGCAAACAACGGAUUCGAGCACAGGAUUCAGUUUGGAUGUUAAUUCAAAACAAACUGUUUGUCCUCAGCUAGUGCUGCCACCUCUAACUCAACCUGAAUCUGCUCCUGAGUGUCUGAGGAUGAAGAGGUGUCACACUCCUAAACUUCCUCCCAUCUCUUUAUUAGAGCAAACCAACAACAUCUCCUCAAACCUCACAAUAAAAGGCUGCACAAAGGACAGCAUGCCAUGGAUAGAAAAUCCUUUGCUCUCAAAAAGUAGAUCUGCAGAGUUUUGUCUUCCUGAAAUCUCCCUCUCUAGUCUGGACGCCCUGCUGCACACAGUCACACAGAGACUGAGGAGGAAGAGAGGAGGAGGAGGUGAUGAAGAGCCUUGGAGGCAGCUCCAGUCUGAUCACCUUCUUAUGACUGUUAGUGAACAAAGUCUGAAGGAGAGGAGUAUCGGGCAGCCGAUCGACUGGUACACAAAUAAGAAAAACAGUGCCAAAAUUGAAGCAGCCACAGAGGCAUCAGUGGGUGAAUGCCGAGUAAGCAGAAAGAAGGGGCUCUCUCCGCUUUUCUUUGCACCUAAACCAAAACUCAUCCUCAGAAUGACCAAGAAAAACCUUAUGGCCCCAAAUGUACUGUAA